AUGAAAGUAGUUAUUGUACUUUUCGCUCUAUUUGCAGCUUCGUUAGCAGCACCAAUAACAAAAAGAGAUAAUAAUUUCAGUUUCCUCUCGUAUUACUUUACAAUAUUUUACCACUUUCCAUUUGAAAAGAAUCCAAACCAACGGACUUCAAAUCAAACCAGUGUCUCCAAACCUGAACGAGAAGACGUAGAGAAUAUCAAGAAUCAGUUGGAAGAUUAUAAUGAGUUACAAGAUAUAGAUGCUUCUGAAGACCACUUCGAUGAAGGGGACGAGGAUGAAGCUGAAGAUAUGGAGUUAGCCAUACCAGAUGAUGACGAAUUUCAAAUCUUUAAUGACAUUGAUGAGGAUCCUGAGGAAGAAGCCGAGGAGGUUCUUAAUAAUAAUUCCAGAGUUCCAGAGCAGGAAUUCGACAAAGAGGAGUCCAAAGAGAAAUCAGACAAAAUCGAAGUGAUUCCACCUAUGGAUUCUGACGAAAUCGAAGAUAUCGCGAUAAAAAACGAAUCCUACGAAAACGAUUAG